AUGGAUUCCAUUGAAGUGGAAACUGAGACCCUGGCUAUUUCAGACGCCUCAUGCCAGUGGGUGAACUGCAAAAAGUAUUAUAGUGUCGGCUGGGAUGACAGAGACAACCAAAGGGAAAAUGGGUUGCGGUUACGUGAUGAUCAAAAGGAGUCCCAGCGCAAGCGCAGCGUGGUGCCCCGGGGCAAAAACCAACCCAACUUCACCGCCUCCGGGAGCGGCCGUGACCCGCUCGGAACGGCGAAGGACAAGGGCUCCCGGGCGCGCGGAGAGACCACCGACGGGGCGCGCCGUCCCCGGCCCGCUUCGCUCUCCUCUCCAGCCCGGGGGGCUCCAUCCGCGGACCCGCCGCCCGCGCGCGUCCCGGCACCGCCGCGUCGCUGGGCGCACGGCGGGGACCUCGGGCCAAAGCCGUGCCGCCUACCCCGAGACCCGGGCGCAGUCGCGGGGACCGUCCGCUUGCUUACUGGUGGGGGUUGGGUGGGCGGUCCCAGGGUGCGCAGUGCGGGGGUCGGUCCCCGGGUGGGGGUUGGGUGGGCGGUCACGGGGCGCGCAGUGCGGGGGUCGGUGCCGGGUGGGGGUUGGGUGGGCGGUCCUGGGGCGCGCAGUGCGGGAGUCGGUGCGGAGAACGCGCCGGGCGGGGGCGCGCGGUGCGGGAGCGCGCGGCGUGGCGCCGGGGUGGGCCGGGGGGCGCGCGGGGGGCGCGCAGGCCGGGGGCGGGGGCGCGCGGGGCGGGGCGGGCCGCAGCCGGCGGGGCGGGGCGGGGGGCGCGCGGGGGCGGCGGGCGCGGCGCCGCCAAUCGCAGACGGAGGCCGCCCCAGUGAAUCAUGUGGUGCCGGGGAGGAAGUGCGGCUUGUUUUCUUCCCUCCAGUCUCCCGGCUGCAGGCGGAGCGCGAUGCGCGGAGACCCCCGCGGGGGCGGCGGUGGCCGCGAGCCCCGGUGACGCCGGAGCGACCCCGGCCGCGCGGCGGCGUCCCGGGCCCGAUGGAGGCCCCGGCGUGGGUCCCGGUCCGCAAUGACUCCCUGCAGCCCACGCUGACCCCCGCCGUGCCCCCCUACGUGAAGCUCGGCCUCACGGUCGUCUACACCGUGUUCUACGCGCUGCUCUUCGCGUUCAUCUACGUGCAGCUCUGGCUGGUGCUGCGCUACCGGCACAAGCGGCUCAGCUACCAGAGCGUCUUCCUCUUCCUCUGCCUCUCCUGGGCCUCCCUGCGCACCGUCCUCUUCUCCUUCUACUUCAAGGACUUCGUGGCGGCCAAUUCGCUCAGCCCCUUCGUCUUCUGGCUGCUCUACUGCUUCCCGGUGUGCCUGCAGUUCUUCACGCUCACGCUGAUGAACUUGUACUUCGCGCAGGUGAUUUUCAAAGCCAAGUCAAAGUAUUCUCCAGAAUUACUCAAGUACCGGUUGCCGCUCUACCUGGCCUCGCUCUUCAUCAGCCUCGUGUUCCUGUUGGUGAAUUUAACCUGUGCCGUGCUGGUGAAGACGGGCAAUUGGGAGAGGAAAGUCAUCGUCUCCGUGCGAGUGGCCAUUAACGACACGCUCUUCGUGCUGUGCGCCGUCUCUCUCUCCGUCUGUCUCUACAAAAUCUCCAAGAUGUCCUUGGCCAACAUCUACUUGGAAUCCAAGGGCUCCUCCGUGUGUCAAGUGACCGCCAUCGGUGUCACCGUGAUACUGCUGUACACCUCCCGGGCCUGCUACAACCUGUUCAUCUUAUCGUUCUCUCAGAACAAGAACGUCCAUUCCUUUGAUUACGACUGGUACAAUGUGUCAGACCAGGCAGAUUUGAAGAAUCAGCUGGGAGAUGCCGGCUAUGUGCUAUUUGGAGUGGUGCUUUUUGUUUGGGAACUCUUACCUACCACCUUAGUAGUGUACUUCUUCCGAGUUCGAAACCCCGCAAAGGACCUUACCAACCCUGGAAUGGUUCCCAGCCACGGAUUCAGUCCCAGAUCUUAUUUCUUUGACAACCCUCGAAGAUAUGACAGUGAUGAUGAUCUUGCUUGGAAUAUUGCCCCUCAGGGACUUCAGGGAAGUUUUGCUCCAGACUACUAUGAUUGGGGACAACAAACUAACAGCUUCCUGGCACAAGCAGGAACUUUGCAACGAGACUCAACGUUGGAUCCUGACAAACCAAGCCAUGGGUAGCAUCGGUUAACAGUUUUAUGGACGAUUCCUCAGUUGAAAAGCUUCAGAAAGACAAACUUACUGACAGCUGAAUUUUUAAGGACACUUUUCCUUAAGAAAUAGGACUUGAUUUUUAUUUGUUACAAGUUUCUAAUGGCUCCAUAGGACUAAGCAAUAAUUUAGAUUUGAUAAACUCUUAUUUUAGUACUAAAAAGUGAGCCUGGCUAUUUCAGUGGGUAUAAUUUAAACUUUUUAAAGAAAAUCUGUACUUUUAUAAAGACAUAUUUUAUAUAACUUAAAUAAUAAUGCUAAAGUAUACUAGGGGUUUUUUCUUGAGAAUGUUAUUGCAAUAUAUGUUGCAGUUUGCACAGAAUUUAUGCAUAAUUCACUUUACAAGUAUAGAAUAUAUGGUCUAAUAGUUUUUUAAGGCUUUUGGACUAAAGUAUUCCUCAAAUCCUUACCUCUUCAGGUCACUCAGAUCCUGAGCUCCACAGUGGUAGACUCCUAACAUCUAGAAAGCUAAUUGCAACUCCAGUGUUGAAAGUUAAAAAGGAAAAGGAGUAUCAACAGACUGGGAGGGAACUGGCUCUUUAGAGUUUAAGGUCCAAAUGGUUGGUGCCUCAAAGAAUCUCUUAAAUUGUGCCAAAAGUCUGGUACUUCCUUUCAGUAGGGCACUAAUGUAUACAAUACAAUGAUGUUAAAAAUGUCAGUGACUGAUACUAUUAAACCUCCUCUGCUCUAUUCA